AGUCCCUAUUUGGAACUGCUCUCGCGGCAGUUCAGACCUCGUGCUCGUCCCCCUCGCCUGUCUGUGUGUGGUAUCCGUAGGUCCGGGGCACUUUUUUUUGGGGUGUGUGUGUGUGCGCGCGUGUGUGUGUUGGGUGUGUGUGUUUUGGGGGUUUGUCGGGGCGCGGAGAGGAGAGCCGGGCCGAGGGAAAGGAAGGAAGCCGCAGAGCUCCCCGGUCUCGGGCUGCGUCUCCCUUCCAGCGCUCUCCUGCUUGUGCGCUCCAAGGCGGCAGCGGCGGUGGCGCCGAGCGCUCCUCGCUGGGGACGCGGCGCUCAAGCUGGGAGCAGCGAGAACCCUUUGCGGAGGCUUCCCGUACCCGCUGGAGUUAGGAUGCCAGGGCGUUUGAUUUGCACCUACUGAGCCCGGAGUUCCUCCCCGGCCCUGGGAAGGGCUUGCAGCAGCAGCGGCGGCGGCGGCGGCGGCAGCGUCAGUAGCAGACGGAACAGCAGGCUCUCCUCUCCGAGGGGGGGCGUCGAAGCGCCGGCGCCGGGCUCCCGCCCUCACCCUCCGGCGCUCCUGCGGCCCCAAGCCACCACCUCGUAGCCCGCCUCCUUCCUCUUCUCGCAGCGAGCCCCAGGCCCGGCCGCCUCUAGGAUCCGACCCGCGCGUCUUGGAUGCUGGGGGCUGCCCCGGCGCGCCCCCCUACAGGCGCGACGCGCUGACUGACCCAGAGGGGGCCCGAGCUCGCCCCAGGAGGGGCCCCCGGCCUCGGGACCCCGCGCCGGACCUGCCGGGGUGCCGACGAUGUCCGCGCAGUCCCGGGCACUGACGCGCUCGACGCAGCCCAGGGAGGGCGGCCGGCCGCUGCCCGCCGAGCCCUAGGCGCACAAAGCCCGCGCCCGCCGCCCGGCCCCGGCGUCCGCCGACGACUUUGCCGCCUGCUCCGCGGCUCUUUGUCUCCACUUGGGGCGGGCGCCCGACUCUGGGAUUUCGCUGCGAGAACGAGCUGGGGGGGCCGGGGGCGAGCUCUCGGUUUCCCGGCCGCCCCCCGCUCGGGCUCGGCUCCCCCCUCCCCCGCACCUCCCCGGCCCGGGCUCUCAGCGCUUCCACGCUCUCGGAAUCACGACCCCUCCCUGCCAUGUAUCCGCAGGGCAGACAUCCGGCUCCCCAUCAACCCGGGCAGCCGGGAUUUAAAUUCACGGUGGCUGAGUCUUGUGACAGGAUCAAAGACGAAUUCCAGUUCCUGCAAGCUCAGUAUCACAGCCUCAAAGUGGAGUACGACAAGCUGGCAAACGAGAAGACGGAGAUGCAGCGCCAUUAUGUGAUGUACUAUGAGAUGUCCUAUGGCUUGAACAUUGAAAUGCACAAGCAGACGGAGAUUGCGAAGAGACUGAAUACAAUUUUAGCACAGAUCAUGCCUUUCCUGUCACAAGAGCACCAGCAGCAGGUGGCGCAGGCAGUGGAACGCGCCAAGCAGGUCACCAUGACGGAGCUGAACGCCAUCAUCGGGCAGCAGCAGCUCCAGGCGCAGCACCUCUCCCAUGCCACACACGGCCCCCCGGUCCAGUUGCCACCCCACCCAUCAGGUCUCCAGCCUCCAGGAAUACCCCCAGUGACAGGGAGCAGCUCCGGGCUGCUGGCAUUGGGCGCCCUGGGCAGCCAGGCCCAUCUGACGGUGAAGGAUGAGAAGAACCACCAUGAACUCGAUCACAGAGAGAGAGAAUCCAGUGCGAAUAACUCUGUGUCACCCUCGGAAAGCCUCCGGGCCAGUGAAAAGCACCGGGGCUCUGCGGACUACAGCAUGGAAGCCAAGAAGCGGAAGGCGGAGGAGAAGGACAGCUUGAGCCGAUAUGACAGUGAUGGGGACAAGAGUGAUGAUCUGGUGGUGGAUGUUUCCAAUGAGGACCCCGCAACGCCCCGGGUCAGCCCGGCACACUCCCCUCCUGAAAAUGGGCUGGAUAAGGCCCGUAGCCUGAAAAAGGAUGCCCCCACCAGCCCCGCCUCGGUGGCCUCUUCCAGUAGCACACCUUCCUCCAAGACCAAAGACCUUGGUCAUAACGACAAAUCCUCUACCCCUGGGCUCAAGUCCAACACACCAACCCCAAGGAACGACGCCCCAACUCCAGGCACCAGCACGACCCCAGGGCUCAGGUCGAUGCCGGGUAAACCUCCGGGCAUGGACCCGAUAGGUAUAAUGGCCUCGGCUCUGCGCACGCCCAUCUCCAUCACCAGCUCCUAUGCAGCGCCCUUCGCCAUGAUGAGCCACCACGAGAUGAACGGCUCCCUCACCAGUCCUGGCGCCUACGCCAGCCUGCACAACAUCCCACCCCAGAUGAGUGCCGCCGCCGCCGCUGCAGCCGCUGCCUACGGCCGAUCACCAAUGGUUGGUUUUGACCCUCACCCCCCCAUGCGGGCCACAGGCCUCCCCUCAAGCCUGGCCUCCAUUCCUGGAGGAAAACCAGCGUACUCAUUCCAUGUGAGCGCUGAUGGGCAGAUGCAGCCCGUGCCCUUCCCCCACGACGCCCUGGCAGGCCCCGGCAUCCCGAGGCACGCCCGGCAGAUUAACACACUCAGCCACGGGGAGGUGGUGUGUGCCGUGACCAUCAGCAACCCCACGAGGCACGUCUACACAGGUGGCAAGGGCUGCGUGAAGAUCUGGGACAUCAGCCAGCCAGGCAGCAAGAGCCCCAUCUCCCAGCUGGACUGCCUGAACAGGGACAAUUACAUCCGCUCCUGCAAGCUGCUUCCUGACGGGCGCACGCUCAUCGUGGGCGGUGAGGCCAGCACGCUCACCAUCUGGGACCUGGCCUCGCCCACGCCCCGCAUCAAGGCCGAGCUGACGUCCUCGGCUCCCGCCUGUUAUGCCCUGGCCAUCAGCCCUGAUGCCAAAGUCUGCUUCUCCUGCUGCAGCGACGGGAACAUAGCUGUCUGGGACCUGCACAACCAGACCCUGGUCAGGCAGUUCCAGGGCCACACGGACGGGGCCAGCUGCAUAGACAUCUCCCACGAUGGCACCAAACUGUGGACAGGGGGCCUGGACAACACGGUGCGCUCCUGGGACCUGCGGGAGGGCCGGCAGCUACAGCAGCAUGACUUCACUUCCCAGAUCUUCUCGCUGGGCUACUGCCCCACUGGGGAGUGGCUGGCCGUGGGCAUGGAGAGCAGCAACGUGGAGGUGCUGCACCACACCAAGCCUGACAAGUACCAGCUGCACCUGCACGAGAGCUGCGUGCUCUCCCUCAAGUUCGCCUACUGCGGCAAGUGGUUCGUGAGCACUGGGAAAGAUAACCUUCUCAACGCCUGGAGGACGCCUUAUGGAGCCAGCAUAUUCCAGUCUAAAGAAUCCUCGUCUGUCUUGAGUUGUGACAUUUCGGCGGAUGACAAAUACAUUGUAACAGGCUCUGGUGACAAGAAGGCCACAGUUUAUGAGGUCAUCUACUAAACAAGAACUCCAGCAGGGCUGUCAAACUCUGGGAGAAAACGACUCGGCUCUGACAGGGAGACCCCCAGGCGAGGGGCCCUGAGGAUGGCGGAGGAUGGGCCGCAGGCAGCCGCGCGUUCAGGGCUGCGCUCCGGCCGGCUGAGAGGGCGCGUGCCCCAUCACGAUCUGGACUUCUGGGCCUAGAUUGAUGUGUCUCACAGACUCGGAUGGGUUCUGCUCCUCCUCCUCCCCCUGAACAAUGCUGGCAGUUGCUACAAAUAGAUUUAUUGGAGGCUUAUGGCUCCGGUUCCCCACAGACCCGCUCAUGAGUCUCUUUGUUCUUCCCCUUUCUUUUGCCCUGUGCCCCACCUUGGGUCGGGGAUGCUGGAGUGGACCACAUUGUUGUGCUGGAGGAGGGGGUCUCUUUUUGCCGAUUGUGCAGUGCACAAGUUUUGUGAAAAAUGUAAAUAACAGACUCCUAUUGCGGACUGACCAGUGGGAGAGGCCCCUUCCCACCGGAAACUCUGACCGUGUGUUUCGCCUGCUGUAUUUGUAAUCCACUCGUGGUGGUGGCUUUUUUUUUUUUUUUUUUUUUUUUAUCUCUCUCUUUUUUUUUUUUUUUUUUUAAAUAAACAGAUGUUCUCACCUGGGAAGAGGAGACAGGGAGAGGAACCAAUUGAAGAACGAGGAGAAAAGUCUUAGAUUGUGGAAAAGGCAACCAGGUUGGCCGCAAGGUACCUGCUGGAAUGCCUGUCCGUCCACACGGGUCUGGGCAUCUGGACUGAGCACCAGCCGGCCAGACUGAGGGAUGGAAGGCACUGAGAUGGGGGCCUGUUCGGGCAGACGCCUGCAGAAACAGAGCUUUCUGUGAUCUCUUGCACUCUGGCUGCCUCUUGCCCUCUCUGUGUCUCUCUUUCUUGGUCUUUCCCUCUCUCCUCCUCAGCCUGGUCUUUCUCUUUGGUGCACACUUAGUUAUUGUUAUGAGCAAUGGAAGUUCAAAGGAACUCCCUCUCCAGCUCUUCUGAAUCUUGGGACACAGCCUAAAAAGGACAAAAAGUUAGAAGACAGCAUAGCAACUCAGCUCAGGGAGCUACCAGAGAAAAAUAGCAACUGAUGUGGGUGCUUUUUUUUUUUUUUUUUAAUUUGAAUAAAAAGAAUUAGAAGUGAUGUCCUUUUAUAAAAUGCCUUCUCCCCCUUCCUGCCUACAGCCUCUUCCUCUCCCCUUAGAGGGGGGAAAGUGUUUAAACCUACAGGGUUGUGAGUCUGAAAGGAGGAUCUCCCUCACCCCCGCCCUGGGCAGGGCAGUGGGGGUUGGGGGCUGGGAGAGGGGGACACAGAUCUGGCACACUGUGGAUAUUUCUUGCAGAUUGCAGUCUCUCGUGGCCCAAACAGGUUAGGUAGACUAUCGCCUCUGGCAGGUGCCACCUUUCGGUACCAUGUUCUGAGGUGUUAGGAUUUGGGUUUUUUUUUGUUUCUUUUCCUUUUGGUCUUUUUUGUCUUAUUCUUCUUUUAAAGAAAAGCUAAAGGCCGCUGUGAGUCCUGGUGGCGGGCUCUCCAUGGAUGUAGCAUAUCGAAGAUAAUUUUUAUACCGCAUUUUUAUGGAUUAUUUUGUAAUGCGUGAUUCCGUCUGCUGAGGAGGAGGGAGGGGCUCCAGGGAACGCCACCCACCUUCAGUGAGGUUGCUCCCCAGCUGAGCGCACCGGGCAUGGGAUGUGGAGGCUGGCGCCACACCCUGUGCCUCUCCAAGGCUGGGCGCGUGGGGCAUCCGGAGUCUCUCUGGGCCUCAGAUGUCCGUCUGCCACCUCUUGCUAAGGCUCUAGCCAGAAGGGAGGGUGAGGGUAGAAGAAAGUUAUUCCUGAAGAAAAAAAGAAUGAAAAGUCAUUGUACUGAACUGUUUUUAUAUUUUUAAAAGUUACUAUUUAAAGGUU